AUGCCCGCCUCGACGUCGGGGGCACCGCUCGUGCCUCGCCGUCGCCGGCGGGGGGCGACGACGAUAAAGAAGAAGAAGGACGGCUGGUACACGCGCAACGUUUCCAACCCCACGUCCAAGUUCUUCUCUGGCCUGAUACACAAGAAGAAGGCGCCACCAGAGGCGCGUUCCAUCUUUAUCAACGAGCCCAUUCCUGCCGACUACUAUGACAAGAAGGGCAAGCCGAUCAAGUCCAAGAUGUUUGCGUCAAACCAAAACCUCACGUCAAAAUACACCGUCAUCACCUUCCUCCCGCGCAACCUGUUUGAGCAGUUCAGGCGUGUGGCCAACAUCUUCUUCCUCGCCAUCGACAUUCUCCAGUUCUUCCCCAAGUUUGCCACCGUCAGCCCCGGUCUCGUCAUCCUGCCCCUCAUCGUCAUUCUCCUCGUUACCGCAGGAAAGGACGGCUUUGAAGAUGUCAAGCGCCACCAGGCCGAUCGCCAGGUCAACCACUCGGUGGUCCACACCCUCGGCGGCGACGGCUACGAGAACAAGAACCCCAUGGCCCCCAAGGCCAAGACGUUCGUCAAGGGCAUCCCCAUGCCCAAGAGCAAGAAGAAAAAGGCAGCAGAGCUCGCAGCCAAGCAGCAGGAGGAGGAAGCCGCGCGCCGUCCUUCACUCGCUGUCGAGCACACCGACGGCCACGGCAUUACUCGCAUGCGCUCCCAGGUCUCGCACUGGGAGGACGACCCGGAAGCCGAAGACUCCACCAAGACUCUUGGCUGGCAGCGCACCAUCUGGGAAGACCUCAAGGUCGGCGACUUUGUCAAGAUUUACGACCACGAGCAGGUCCCCGCUGAUGUUAUCAUUUGCGCAACUUCCGAGGAAGAGGAUGUCGCCUACGUCGAGACCAAGAACCUCGAUGGCGAGACCAACCUCAAGUCGCGUCACGGUGUUAUGGGGCUGUCGCACCUCGACUCGGCGACAGCCUGCUCCCAGGUUCGCAUGCGCCUCGACCUCGACAUCCCCGAGGUGAACAUGUACCGCCUGAACGGUGCUGCUAUCCUCGCCGAUGAGAACGGUGACGACGUCACAUACGCAAUCUCGCUCGACACCACGUUGCUCCGUGGAUGUGUUCUGCGUAACACUGCUUGGGUCAUUGGCAUUGUUGUGUACACUGGUGACGACAGCAAGAUUGUCCAGAACUCGGGCGGCACGCCCUCGAAGCGUUCCAAGGUCGAGCGCCAGAUGAACCCCCAGGUUCUCUUCAACCUGGCUGUCCUCGGUGCCAUCUCGCUGGUGUGUGGUAUUGUCGACCACGUCCUCGAAGUCCAGUGGUACAGGGACAACUCGUACUGGACACUGUACGACGACAGGCCCGGCGACAAUGUCAACAUCAACGGUCUCAUUACAUUCCUGAACGCCCUGAUCACGUUCCAGAACAUUAUCCCCAUCUCGCUCUACAUUUCGAUCGAGUUUGUGCGUACUGUCCAGGCCCUCUUCAUCUUCUGGGACCACGACCUCCAGUACUUUAAGAACGGACACAAGUUCCGCACCCUCGCGCGCUCCUGGAACCUUUCAGACGACCUCGGACAGAUCGAGUACAUCUUCUCGGAUAAGACUGGUACCCUCACCCAGAACGUCAUGGUGUUCCGCCAGUGCUCUGUUGGCGGCCACAUCUACUACGGCGAGGACACUGAGGACGACAUGCAAAAGGAGGCCGAGAAGAAGAGCACCGCCCUCAAGUUUGACUCGGACGACUCGGAGGACAGCGACGUCAACGACAAGCCCGCCACCCGCGAGCGCGAGAUCCCCCUCUUCCGCGACGCUCAGAUCCAGCGCGACCUUGCAGACGCCGACACGGAGCAGUCUCGUAUCCUCCACGGUUUCUUUGCUGUUCUCGGUCUCUGCCACACUGUCGUUGUUGGCGAGCCCGAGCCUGGAGUCAUCGAGUACAAGGCCCAGUCGCCCGACGAGGCCGCCCUCGUCCAGGCCGCUGCCGAUGUCGGUUUUGUCUUCCGUGGUCGCGACCGCAACAUUCUCAAGCUCCAGACUCCCUUCUCGUCCGAGCCCGACGAGUACGAGCUGCUCCACGUGCUCGAGUUUAGCUCGGCCCGUAAGCGCAUGUCGGUUGUUGUGCGCAAGCUCGACCAAGACGGCCGCCUGUUCCUGCUCACCAAGGGUGCCGACAACAUUAUCUUUGACCGCCUGAGCAAGGACGACGAGUCCCAGGCCAAGCUUCGCGAGCAGACCGACAAGGACCUCCAGACGUUUGCCAGCGAGGGUCUUCGUACCCUGUGUCUCGCUUACCGUCUCCUCGACAAUGCCGAGUACGAAGAGUGGGCGCAGGCCUACCACGAUGCCGAGAUUGCCAUGGACGACCGCGAGGUCAAGAUUGACCAGGUCUCCGCCCAGCUCGAGUGUAACCUCUCGCUCCUUGGUGCCACCGCCAUCGAGGACAAGCUCCAGGACGGUGUGCCCGGCACCAUUGCCGACCUCAAGCGCGCCGGCAUCAAGGUCUGGGUCGCCACCGGCGACAAGCUCGAGACUGCUGUUGCCAUUGGUUACACCACCAACCUCCUCACUCCGGAUGCCAACCUCAUCAUCAUCCGCGACGGCCACCACACGAUUUACGAACAGUUGCGCGACUCGCUCGAGGGCUUCUUUGACGACAAUUCAUUGACACAAACCAACUCGCUUGCCCAACACGAGACCCGGCGUUCGACCCAGCUCCAGCGUGUCAACACUGGCGCGCAUUCGCUCGUUGGCGACGACAAUGGCACGCGCCCCGGCGGCUUUUCGCUGGUCAUUGACGGCAGUGCGCUCACGCAGGCGUUUAACGACCCCGAGACGAGCGACCUGUUGCUCGAGCUGUCGGUCAAGUGCAACACGGUCAUCUGCUGCCGUGUCUCGCCUCUCCAAAAGGCCCAGAUUGUCCGUCUCAUCAAGGACAACCUCGGUGCCAUGUGUCUUGCUAUCGGUGACGGUGCCAACGACGUAUCCAUGAUCCAGGCUGCCGACGUCGGUGUCGGUAUCUCGGGUGAGGAGGGUCUCCAGGCCGUCAACUCGUCCGACUUCGCCAUUGGCCAGUUCCGCUUCCUCAAGCGUCUCCUGCUCGUCCACGGCCACUGGUCCUACUUCCGCAAUGCGACCAUGAUCCUCAACUUCUUCUACAAGAACGUUGUUGGUUUCGGUAUCCUGUUCUGGUUCCAGAUCUACUGUGGAUGGUCGACCACCUACGUCUACCCUUACAUCUUCCUGCUGUUCUGGAACGUGUUCUGGACGCUGUGCCCCGUCAUCGCCAUGGGCCUCUUUGAGAGGAACAUUGACGACGACAUUCUCAUGGCGCUCCCCGAACUGUACCGCUACAGCCGCGAGGGCAGGUACUACAACUGGAGCAAGUUCCUGUACUACCUCUUUGAGGGUGUCUACCAGACUGCCGUCGUCUUCUUCUUCCUCUGCUACACGUACGACACGACUACCGCCCGUGGUGACGGCUUUGACGUGUUCAAGGACGAAAUGUCCAGCGUCAUGGCCAUUGUCGGUGUCUUUGUUGCCAACCUGUUCUCGGGUCUCAACAUUGACUCGUGGAGCUGGUGGGUCGUCUUCGCCGUGUGGAUCGGUCCCUUCCUCGUCUGGGUCUUCACUGCCAUCUACACCAUCAUCCCGCCCACGCUCUACCAGACCAACAUUUACGGCAACGACGUGUUCCUCUUCCGUGCCGCUGCGUGCUGGUUCGGCUGGGCGUUUACCCUGAUUCUCGCCCUUCUCCCGCGCUACCUCAUCAAGUAUGGCAACCAGAACCUGUGGCCCAACGACAUUGACCUUAUGCGUCUUGUCCGCAAGUACCACCCGGAUGUCGAUGUCAACACCGACCCAAUGCUCGGUGGCAAGCUCGACAUUACCCAAAGGGGUCCCAACGAAAAGGGCGCAGAGUAUGACCACAGCCGUCUCCUCACUCCGGAGAACGGCGACGACAUUGCCCUGCACCAGUUCUCGUCGGCCGGCUCGCCCAACAACGACACCCCAACGGCCCUGCGUAGCAGCAUCGACCGCGGACGCGCCAGCUUUGAGUCGACGCACCCGCGUCCCAGCUUCCAGUCUGGCCGCUUUGGCGUGCAGCCCUCGGCGCGCACGGGCUCGCAGGUGGACAUGUCCACGGGUCUGCACCGCGAGGCGUCGCGCGGCUUCGACUUUACCAUGGAGGAGCACGGUGUCGCCAUCCAGCGCAUGCAGUCGCGCCUGUCCGAGGUGUCCAAGGAGAACCGCAACAACCGGUACACGCUGCGCCGCCUGAACCGCAACAACCACAGCCACGACCAGGCCACGCCCAUGUCCCCCGGCAACUCGCCGUUUGGCCGUCUGCGCACGCGCGCAAACAGCAUCCUCAAGCCGCGCAACCGCUCCAGCACGACCAACACGCGCCACUCGGUCGUGUCGCACGGGUCCAGCCCCGAGGAGACGCUGCACUCGCCCACGCACCCGGACGGCGCUGGUGCUGGCGGCCGCGCAUCGCCCGAGCGACCAACAAGCGACGGCUUUUCGCACGCGUUGUAA